AUGAACCAAGAAUUAGCAAAUAACCAAGCAAUAUUAACCGAAGAACCUUCAACUACUCCACUAGAAACUGGUCUCAACCAAAAAUUUUUUAAAGAAGUAAUUGAAAGUAGUCAACUUUCUGAAGAAAAAGAUAAGUCUAAAAUCCAAACUUAUGAAGAAUUAGGACAAAAACCAAAUGAAGUCCAAACAAAGUUUAAUAAUUUAGAGGAAGAAUAUAACACUUUUAAACAAAAAAGCGAAGAGCAAAUUCAAGAACUAACUAAUCGAAGCGAGCAAGCCGAAAAUAAACUAAAAGAACCAGAUAUUGCGAUUACUGAACAACAAUUUUUAGAUGAUUAUGCUAAGCGAGAAAAAAAAACCCAAAGUAAAUUAAAGGAGGAAGAAUUAACUAAAGAAAAAGAGAAGGUGAAAAACCUUGCGGAAAAAAACAGAAAGUUAUUUUUUGCUGUUAAUAGUUAUUUAAAAGCCAUCAGAACUAAAAAAUAUACUUUGAUGAAACCAGUUAAAACUAUUAAACAAGCUCGAGAGGCGAUUGCUGAAUUGUUAGAAGAAACCGAAAGAGGAUGA